AUGGAUAAUUAAGCAGAAGAAUUAAUUUCUGUAGAAAAUGAUCAAAAUAAUCUCUAAACAGAAGUGACAUACUAAAAUUAAGACGAAACUAAUAGUAAUCUUUAGGAUUUAAAUAAUGGACAAGAUGGACAAUCAAAGGCACAUUAAAUCAAAGAGGAUUAAAUUUUAAAGAAUGCAAAAGAAUCGAAUUAAUAGUUAGAAUAAUUACAAUAAAAUUUUGAGAAAGUGAAACUUGAACUUGAAGAGAAGAUUAAAAAAUACACAUCAUUAGAAAAUUAAUAUAGCGAUUUGCAAUCUUCUUAUUAAUAAUAAAUCUAAUAAUUGGAAAAUGAAUUUAAUCAUAAAAAUGAGGAAUAUUAAAGACAAAUUAAAGAGUAUUAGAGUAAAUUAGACAAUAUGCAGAUGGAGUAUGAUAAAAUAUAGAUUACUUUGAAAAAAUCAGAACAAAAAUAUAAUUAACUUUAAGAGGUUUAAUUAGAAUAGAAUAAUUAACAUAGAAUUGAUAUAGAGUCAUUAAUCGAAAAACUAUAGAGAUCAGAAUCGUCUAAAGACAAAUUAUAAUAAGAAAUGUAGAAGCAUUAAAAUAAUUUAGAUAUGAUUUCCAAAUUAAAAAAAGAAAUAGACUCUUAUAAAAUUCAAAUGUAGGAAUAAAACAAUCAUAUUGAUAUCAUCAAAUAAGAUAAUAAAACUAUUGUUUAGAAUUUGGCUGAAUAAUUGAGAAAAGAGCAAUAAAAAACACAUGAUGUCAAUAAUGAAAAGGUCAAACUUGAAUAGUCAGUGCAAAGAUAAUUAAAUGAAAAGAAUGAAUAAAUUAAAAAAAUAUAGAAUGAAAUUCAUUAGUUAAAUCAAUAAAUGUCUUCGUCGGAACAAAAAAACCAAAAAACUAUAAAAUCUUUAGAAGAAUAGAUAGAAAAAGCAAAUGCUGAAAUUAAAGAUUUAAAAUAAAAAUCUCAAUCGAUUAAUAAUAAUAAUGAACAAUAAAAAAUGAAAAUUAAAUAAUAAGAGGAAAUUAUUACAUAGAUCAUUGACGAAAAUACUUUAUUUAAAAAGUAAAUUGAAGAAUCGCAAAAUCAAAUUAUAAAACUAAAAGAAUAGUGUUAAAAGGUAACUGAACAAAAAUCACAUUUUGAUAUAAAAUGCUUAAAUUUAUUGGAAGAAAAGGAAAUGGCAGAAUUGAAAAUUAACUAAUUGGAAUCAAAAUUGCUCGAAUAAUAACAAACAUAUAAAUCAUUUUAAAAUAACUCACUUUAAGAUAUAGAGAACUUUUAAAACACCAUUAAGUAACUCCAAUAGUAAUUAAUGGAUGAGAAAUAAAUCUCAGAAGAUAAAAUUAAAGAAUUGAACAAUCAAUUAUAGCAACAAAUCUAAAAUAAUUAAGAUAUUACUAAUAAAUAGUAAGAUUUAAACAGUCAAAUUGAAAAGCUUAAUAUCUAAAUUGUAGAUUGUGAAAAAUAUGAUUUGUAGAUUUAGAAUUUAGAAAUAAUACAUUAAACAUAAAAAGAAUAAAUUGAAAGGCUUAAUUAAGAAAUGCAUUAAAACAAUGAAAAUUUAUUAUUAGAAAUUGACUCAAAAGAAAAUUUAUAAUCAAAAUUAAAUGAAUAUGAAAGCACAAUUUAAGAGUUGUAAUAACGAAAUUAGGACUAUAUAGUUUAAUUUGAUAAACUAAAAGAAAGUAGCAGUUUUGAAAAAGCAUAAAUUUAAUAAGAAUUAUAGAAUGCAUAAGAGGAAAUAGCAAAUUCUAAAGAAUAAAUGAAAAUAGAAUUAAAAGAAAAGGAGGAAUCUUUAAUUAAUUUAAGAUAAAGUAUUGAAUAACAAUAAUAAGAAGUUUCUAAGUUAUAAGAGGAAAACAGCAAUUACAAUUUAAAAUUAUAAUAAUAAGAAGAGAUAGUGUCAGAACUUAAAAAUCAUGUUGAAACAUUGAAUUUGUAAAUAAAUGAAAAAGAGAAUACAAUUAAAUAGCUUGAAGAAAUUAAAUAAUCCUUCUAAUCCUAAUUAGUAUUAUGGACAGAAUCGAUUAAUUUAAAGGUUAAUGAUUUAGAAUAAUUAUCUUAAAAAAAUGAUUAAAAUACUAAAGUAUUGAUGUAAGAGAUAUCAGUAUUAACUAAUAAGACCAAAGAUUAAGAUUGCAAUUCUGAGAUUGAAAUAAAUAUUCAAAAUGAAAGUCAAAAGGAUAAAAAAAUAGAAUAACUUCAAUAGGACCUUUUAGAAUUAAGCUCAAAAUUGGAAGGUGAGAGAUAAAUAUUUGAAGCUAAAUGUUCUUCAAUACGAGAAGAAAUUACCAAAUAGUAUGAGGAGACACUAUAAAAUAAUCUAAAUGCAUAAAGAUUAUAAUUAAUCAAUUAAUAUGAUCAAUAGAUUAGUGAACUUUCUAAUGAUAUUUAAAUAUAAAAAUAAUUGGUAUUAGAUUGCCAAUAGGAAUCACAAUAAUUUAAGGAAUAAUAGAAACAUACAAUCGAAUAAUAUAUUAAGGAAAUUGAAGAUUUAACUUAAAUAUGCUAAAAUGAGGAAUCAUAGAAAUAAAUUCUAAUAAAAGACUUGGAGACUGCUCAAAUUUUAUAAUAAGAGAUUGAAAAUAUAAAGGAGGAGAAUUAAAUUUUAUAGAACAGUGUAAAAACUGAAUAAGAACAAAAAAAUCUAUUGGUUUAACAAUUUUAAAAGGAAAUCGAUAUUCAGAAAUCUUAAAUUUUAUAAGAAUAACAAAAUAAUUAAGUUAGCUUGGACAAAAUUAAUUAAUUACAGCAAUAAGUCUUAGAGUUAGUGGAGAAACAAGAUAAAAUGCAUGAAGACCUAGAACUAAUGUAAGCAAGUUUGAAGUAGGAAUAAGAAAAAGAGAUCAAAUUAUUAAGUGAAUUCAAUUCUCAAAGUGUGCUAUUAGAAUCAACUUAGUCAAGCCUUGAUGCAAAAACUUAACAAAUGAAAGAGUAGGAAUAACAAUAUUCAGCUGAAAUUCAGUAGUUGGAGGGUCAUAUUGUUGUUCUAAAUAAUAAAAUACAAGAUUUAGAAGCAUAAAUAGUUUCAAUUAAAAAUUCCCAUCAGGAUGAAUUAGAUUCGAAUUCUAAUAAUUUAGAGUUGAAAAUCAAUCAGGAGAAUUAAAAUAGUUUGCUGCAAUUACGGAAUGAAUUUGAAACAGCUGCAUAAAUAUUUAAGGAAUAAAAACAAGGAAUGCAAGAAGAAAUUGAUGCAUUGCAGUUUUAGAUUGAAUAAAUGGAAGUUAAGAAUUUAGAAUAGAAAUAAUUAUAUUAAGAGCAAUUUGAGAAAAAGUGUAAAGAGUAAUAGUAGGAGGUUGAUUUGUUAAAAAAGUAAAGAAUCGAACAGGAUGAUAUGAUAUAAUCAUUAUAAAAGUCCUAAGUUUAACUUAAAGAGAAAGAAGCUUAACUAGAAUAAUUAAAUCUCUAAUUAUCUGCAUUUUAAGAGGAACUAUAUCAAAUGGAAUAGAAAUAUGAAAAUAAGUUAUUAUCAAUAAAGCAGAAACAUGAGUCAUAAAUUGAUGAUUUGCAUAGGUUGAUUUAGGAACUAAAGUAACAAUUAAAUACAGUUGAAAGCGAAGGAAGGAUGAUGUAAAACAGUUUAAAUGAAAUGGAAGUUUUGGAUUUUAAAUGCAAAGAACUUAAAACUGAAAAUUAGGAGCUUUAAUUAAAAAUUUAAGAACUCUAAAAGGGGUCUGAUUAAGAGAAAUCAGAUAAUUAAAAUAAUGCUCAGAAUAAUGAGUUAAAGGAUUAAAUAGAAGAGUUGAAUUCUUAAAUUUUGAAUUAAUAAAGAGAACAAUUGCAAAUCGAAAAGUAGCGAAUACAAGAAAAGGAAUAAUAAAAUAAUUUGAUAGAAGAGCUUAAAAGAGAAAUUCAAGAGCAAAAGAAAUAAAUUCUAUAGUAUUAGGAAUAAAUAUAAACAAUUACCUAAUAAUUGUAAUAAGGAGAUAUAUCAUAGACAAUUCCUUAAAAAGAUUAUCAAAUAUUAGAGAAUAAGUCAAAGGAAUAAUAGAACUAAAUUAGAUAGUUAUAAAGUGAACUUGCUUCUUUGAAGUAGUUAUAAGAAGAUUAAGUAAGAAUGUUAAAUUAAAAAUCUUCAAGAAACUCAACUUCUACUUCUAUGGAGGCAAUGAUUGAGAAAUGUGCAGCCCUAUAAUCAAUAAUUGAGGAACAAAGUAUAAUUAAUUCUAAAUUAAAUGUGGAAAUUGGAUUAUUUAAAUAGCAAAAUGAAUAAUUGAAAGAUGACUUAAAGAUUUGUCAUCAAGAACUUAAGGAAUUAAGAGUAAUUUCAGAAGAUAGAUUCAGAUUGGAAAGUGAACUUUAAUAGGCACUUGCAUUAAUAGCAGAGCAAGAGAAUAAAGCCAAUAUAUUUACUCACAAUACUCAAUUAACCAAAGAGCUAUAAGAAAAGAAUCAUAAACAAUCGGAAGAAUUAGAAAGUUUAAGAAAGCAAUUGAAGUAAUUCGAAAGGUAGAAAUAAAAGGUAAAAUUAAUCAAAAUUAUUAGGUUUAAGAAAAAUUGACUGAAACGGUGGAAGAAUUGGAGAAAUUGAAGAAAUAGCUAGAAGUAUCUUAACAAGAAUUGGAAAACAGAAAUACAAAAAUUAUUGAAUUGGAAAAGUUACUUUAAACAUAAUUGUAAGAUUUUUAAAUUUUGGAAUCUUAGUAUAAUGAAUCCUUAAAGAAUUGUGAAAUUUUAUAGAAAUCAUUAGAUGAUUUUAAUAAGCUAAGUACAAGAGAGAUAGAAGAAUUAAACAAAGAUAAUCAAUAGAAAUAAUAACGAAUAUCUUAAUUGUAAGGAGAGAUAUAGAGUUUAAUAAAGGAUGUGCAUACUUUAAAAGAUUUUUAGGCCAGAUAGAAAUAAGUGUCUGAAGCUCCGUUGACAAAGAAAGAUAAAAUAGUUGUGGAGUCUUUGGUAAAUAGAAUUCAAGAAUUGGAAAUGCAGAAUAAAACAAUAAAGGAUUAGUUUUCAGGAAAGAUAAUUAAAUUAACAAAUGAGUUAGAAGAAAAAGUUUCAUACAUUUAACUUUUAGCAUAUCAUCUUAGUAAAGGAUAUCCAAAUUUAAGUGAAGCUGAUUUGUAAGAAUUAAUAUUCUAUAAAAUAUAGGAUCGAAAAAGAGGAUGUUAAAUUGAUCCAGUAACUGAAGAAGAAAUAGAAUAUUUAAGAAAUAAUAGAAGUAUAAAUAUAAUGUCAUUAUAAUAGAAAACAAUGAUCGAAAAUUUGUAAUUAAGGGAAUAAUUAAAAUUGUUAGGGGCUGAACUAAAUAAGAAAAAAUGA